UUGUGGAUGUGAGUCGCUGACUGCUGACACUCUGACAGUAAAAACCGUUAUCAAUCAGAUUAUAUUCGUGUAAUUUAAACGUAUUCUAUGAAAUACUUUUUAAAAGUUACUUUCGAAUAGUAUUUGGAAUUCAAUAUUAGUAUGGCAAAUAAAUAUUCAUCUCUGAAUAGUACCUCACAAAACAAAGAAAAUGAAAACAGAGGUUUGUUUCUUCAAAACAUGAUAAAAAAUAUUAAAGACACCAAUAAACCUAAAUCUGUACUUACGGACGUUAAUGAUAGACUUGUUAAAAAAGAGGGAAUCGAAAGUACUGUGAAGGUGUCAUCAAAAUUAGCUCAAGUCGUUGAUUCGAAAACCGUCGCUUCUUCCUCGAAAAACGAAGUUCCAUCGAAUAAAGAUCACUCACAGAAACACAAAUGGACUUUGGCUGACUUCGAUAUUGGCAAACCUCUAGGAAAAGGAAAAUUUGGUAACGUAUACCUAGCACGAGAAAAAAAGUCGAAAUUUCUAGUAGCAUUGAAGGUUUUAUUCAAAACUGCUAUUAAGGAAUUUAACAAUGAACAUCAAGUUCGAAGAGAAAUUGAAAUUCAAAGUCACUUACGCCAUCCAAAUAUUUUAAGAAUGUAUGGUUAUUUUCACGAUGAAACAAGGGUGUACCUCAUAUUAGAAUAUGCUCCUAGUGGGGCCUUAUAUUCCAAACUUAUUGCAAGCCCCAAUAAAAGGUUUCCCGAGGAAAUUUGUGCAAAGUACAUUGCUCAAAUAGCAGAUGCUCUACGAUACUGCCAUACCAAAAAGGUUAUUCAUCGGGAUAUCAAACCAGAAAACCUGCUAUUAGGUUCAAAAGGAGAAAUCAAAAUAGCAGAUUUUGGAUGGUCCGUUCAUGCACCUUCUUCAAGAAGAACGACUUUAUGUGGAACACUCGACUACUUACCCCCUGAGAUGGUAACCGGAAAAACCCACAACGAGAAAGUCGAUUUAUGGAGUCUUGGAGUGCUUUGUUAUGAAUUUCUAACGGGAAGGCCGCCAUUUGAGUCAGCAAGUUAUGACGAUACUUAUAGAAGAAUAAGUAAAGCACAGUUUACAUUUCCUCCCUACGUUUCAGAUGAAGCCAAAGAUCUCAUCAAAAAGUUAUUGGUUGUGAAUCCCAAUAUGCGCCUAGAAUUGAGCGAAGUACUAAAACAUAAAUGGAUUUCCAAAUAUUCGGAAAGUCCAGGUCAAUGAUGCGUAGUUUUACUUAGACAAUUUUUUAAUGAUAUGUUGGUAGACCCAAUGAAUGCCUGUCGUAGUUGUUAUUUUUUACGAUAACUCUACUCAGUUUCUGGUGGUACUUAAAAAAUAUUGAAUUUAAUUGUACUCUUUUUUAAGUGAAACUGACUGUUGAACAAUUGUUUCGUUUGUUUUAACAAAGAUGGAUGUCCCAUUUUUAUUGAACUGAUUGCUUAUUUAUAUAUUUUCAAUUUGUUUGGAACGUAAAUAUACAUAUUAUUUGAAUUGG